AUGAGUUUGGAAAGACUAGACCUCUCUCACAACAGGUUAACAGGGCAAAUUCCUUCGGAGGUUAUCCACUUGAGUACUCUUGAAGCAUUUAGUUUUGCAUUUAACGAUCUUUCAAGAAGGAUCCCAUUUGACCAGCAACUUACUAAUUCUCUGAUAGUAGCUAUGUUGGCAAUCCAAAGCUGUGUGGAGAACCGUUAUCAGGAAAGUGUUCAUACAGUUGCAGUCAUGGAAAUCAAGUUAAAGGAGAGGCUAGUAAUUGAUCAACCUUUGUUCUUCUAUUCAUUUGUGUUAGUGUCGUAUGCUUUGGGAUUCUGGGGUGUCGUUGCACCUCUAUGCAUUAGCCAAACAUGGAGGAGAAGAAAUUAUGCUACCAUAGAUGGAUGGAUGAAUUAUUGUUUUGAAAUGUAA